AAGUGUUGGUCUAGAUGCCUUGUGUGGUCUUGACGCCGGCGGUGCGUUUUCGUUUCUUCGCCAAGGCGGAGAAAUAAGAUGCGGAACAGCAGCCGAACCAGAACAGUUCAGAACCAGGACAAAAGCCAAGCUACCUAAAUCCUUCGGCCCGGACCGGCUUGGUCCGCAAACAGCAUGACCGCAGCAGCGCCGGUGGUGGAGGAGGCAGCGAAAAGGAAGUCGCUGAGACGCAGCUAGCCGCCAGCUAACGGCACGAUGGCCGCGGAGCGAAGCGGCACGAUCCGCAGCCGCAUCAAGAACCUGCUGCGCUCCCCGUCCAUCAAACUGAGGAGGAGCGGCACCGCGCGGCACAAAGAAGACCUGAGCGGCAAGGUGACCUUGGAGAAGGUUCUAGGUAUCACAGCCCCAGGGAAUCGAGCGCUAGCCUGCGACCCUCGGACUGGACUGUUGGCUUAUCCUGCUGGGUGCGUAGUGGUUCUGCUGAAUCCUCGAAAAAACAAACAGUAUCACAUCUUCAACAGCUCCAGGAAGGCGAUCACUACAUUGGCCUUCUCUCCUGAUGGGAAGUAUGUGGUGACAGGAGAGAGCGGCCACAUGCCAGCCGUCCGGCUCUGGGACGUGGCUGAGCGCCUUCAGGUGUCGGAGCUGCAGGAGCAUAAAUACGGCGUGGCCUGUGUGGCGUUCUCUCCCAAUGGAAAAUACAUUGUGAGCGUUGGCUACCAACACGACAUGAUGGUCAAUGUAUGGAACUGGAAGAAGAAUGUGGUGGUUGCAGCCAAUAAAGUUUCCAGUAAAGUGACGGCCGUCUCCUUCUCAGACGAUAGCUCGUACUUCGUUACUGCCGGCAACCGGCAUGUGAAGUUCUGGUACCUGGAUCAUGGCAAGACGUCCAAGGUGAACGCCACGGUCCCUCUGCUGGGGCGUUCAGGGCUGCUGGGAGAGCUUAGGAAUAACUUCUUUUGCGAUGUGGCGUGUGGGCGGGGCCAGCAGUGCUCCUCCACCUUCUGCAUCACCUCCUCCGGUCUGCUGUGUGAGUUUAAUGACCGGCGACUCCUUGACAAGUGGGUCGAGCUGCGGAGACUCGACUCUGCUGCUACGUGUCAAGCCACCUGUCUGUCUGUCACAGAAGAGCUAAUCUUCUGUGGUUGUUCUGAUGGGACGGUGAGAGCUUUCAGCCCCAUUAGCUUGCAUUUCCUCUGCACCCUGCCGCGCCCACACCACCUGGGGGCCGACAUUUCCAAAAUGUUGGACACCAGUCAGCUGUUCUCCUGCAGGUCCCAGGCUCGGUACCCAGACACGGUGGCCGUGACCCAUGACCCCACCAACCACCGGCUGUCCUGCGUCUACAAUGACCACAGCGUUUUUGUUUGGGACGUCCGAGAUCUGAGAGAGCUGCACCGGGCAGGAAAGCUGUACUCGGCUCUGUACCACUCAUCCUGUGUGUGGAGCCUGGAGGUGUACCCAGAAGGGCGGGGGGGGCGUCUCCCCCCUGGCUCCUUCCUCUCCUGCUCCUCAGACAACACCAUCCGACUGUGGAACAUCGAGGGACACGGCUUCACCCAGAACAUCCUGAGCACUGACCUGCAUAAGGUCAUUUAUGUUGACGACAACGUAACAAGUCUGCUGGACACAGAGAGCAUUACUGUAGCUGGGGGCAGCACAGAGAAGGGGGGAACGUCAGGUUCAGAGGGGCAGCAGACAGACCAGAACAGGCCGGGCAUCCGGACCCUGACAGUCAGUCCUGAUGGACAGCACCUAGCCUCUGGAGACCGCAUGGGGGUUCUCAGGAUCCAUGACCUGGACACGAUGGACGAGAUCCUUAAUGUUCAGGCUCACGACUCUGAGAUUCUCUGUCUGGAGUUUUCCAAAGGAGACACAGGCCUCCAGUUAUUAGCCACCGCCAGUCGGGACCGUCUCAUUCAUGUCCUGGAUGCAGGCAGCGAGUACCGUCUGGUUCAGACUCUGGACGAACACUCAUCCUCCAUCACUGCCGUCAGAUUUGCAGCCAAUGAAGGGAAGGUGAGGAUGAUCAGCUGUGGAGCCGAUAAGAGCAUCUAUUUCCACACUGCGCAGCAGGUGGACGAAGGUUUGGAGUUCACUCGGACUCAUCACGUUGCCAGGAAGACGACUUUGUUCUACGACAUGGACGUGGAGUCAACCAGGAAGUACGCAGCGGUUGGAGCUGCCAGGACCGCAAGCAUCAGGAUUUUUAACAUUAGCAAUGGUAAACAGAAGAAGUUGUAUAAAGGCUCUCAGGGAGAGGACGGCACACUCAUUAAGGUACAGAUCGACCCAUCAGGUCUCUACAUCGCCACCUCCUGCUCCGAUAAGAACGUCAGUAUUUUUGACUUCUACUCUGGAGAGUGUGUGGCCACCAUGUUUGGACACUCAGAAAUAGUAACAGGCCUGAAGUUCAGCAGUGACUGCAGACACCUGAUCACCGUGUCUGGAGACAGUUGCAUCUUUGUGUGGCGUCUCAGUCCAGAGUUGACCAUCCGGAUGAGGCAGAGACUCGCUGACAUUCGACCUUCCUGCAGCGACAUUUCUCAAAAGGCAUCACAGCCAGGAGCCGGGAGACUGAGCAGGGACGCCUCGUCUCCUUGUGGUGUCACCAUGUCCUCUGACAGCGACAAGGAGGAAGCGGAGGAAGACGAAGAGGCCGGCACUGUAGAUGUGUGUGAGAAGACGUUUGACUCUGGGAUCCACAGAGACGGAGUUCAGGUUGCCUCAGAGGUUCGGCUGCCCCGCCGCCGUUGGUCCAGGAGGAUGGGAGCUGCUGACAGCGUCCUGAUGGUGAAGUCCAUGUUGGAUCUGAGGCUGCUGGACUCAUAUUGUCCUGACAGAUGGAAGCAGCAGAUGAAGGUGAAAAGCUGCCCAGGGGGGCAGGGUCUGUCGCACAGGACCAAUAAAGAGCUGGGCAGCACCAUUAGCCUGCAGACCACAAUGCAAGGACCAAUCAGAGGCCAAGACUUCAUCAAGCUGUCCAAUCAGAGCCUGGACAGGGAAGAGCCAGUGUUGUAUCCUAAUCAGUGGGAGGACAGAGUGAGCCUGGCUGGCAGUUCCCAAGUGAGGGAGGCAAGUCCUGCAGCGUCUGGUGGACGUCAAGACAAACCGAGUCCAGACAGCGGCUGCUCACUAGGGUUCAGUUCCAGCAUGUCAAGCCCGGAACGACCUGCAGUACACGACUCUGAGCCCACGGAACAUCUUGGUUUGGACGGAAACUCAUCUGAGAUGGAGGAUGAGGAUGAAGAGGAAGGAGGAAGCAGGAAGGUGGAACCUGCUGUGGUCCCACAGACUCCAGACCAGGAGGCGUUCCUGAAGGAGCACUUUGUCACGCUGGCCGAGCUAUCCGCCUCAGAGAGUCCAAGCCAAAUGUCCCACAGCCCCAGUGAGAGUCUCAGCAUCUCGUCCAGGUUCCUGUACCAGAACUCAGCUGCAAGUCGGGUCCAGUCUGUGUUUCCUCUUACAUCUCGGACCAGUGGGAGAGGAGGAGCAGAGAUGAAGGUGCAUCCUCUAGUCUCUGAAGUCCGACCUCUGAUGGAGCAGACCCACACCCAGGAUUGGAAGCUAUUUAGGAAACCAGAACCAUUCCCAGAAACAACCCCAAACCAGGACCAAACUGAGCCUGUUCAGGAUGGGGGGCAAUGCAGCAGGGUGGUAGCGAACAGCUCCACAACAAGGACAUGGAGGAUGCCUCGACCCAGAGUGAGCGGAGCAGAGAAGUCCCCCUUCAGCGCCCACCACCCUCCCCUCCUCCCCCAAACGCCCCUCUCAUCUACGGCUCCACCCAUCCAGAGAGCCAGCCCCGCCUCUCCCCAACAGGAAACACCCUAAGAGUCUUCCUCCUCCACCUUUAUCCCCCUGGCACCACGGUCCUACAUGAGCCCAACCGCUAGCUCCAUGGCAAAGAUAUCCCGCUCUGUGUCAGUGGGCGACGGCCUCAACGAACCCGCCGAGGAUCCUACAGUGACAUCAUCAUCGCCGCCGGUAACCUCCACUUCCUCUCAGCUCAAAGAGCCUUCACCUCCUGUUGCUGUGGUGCCCUCCAAUGCAGCUCUGGCUGUACCUCACCAGCUGUUGUUCCAACCAGGCCGCGCCAAAUCAUCGGGGUCUCCAAGCUCGGGGUCCCUGGAAGCAGCAGAUCGCUCCCUGACAAACCCUUGUCUCGCCUCCUUCUCACUGUCCACCAGGACUAACACUGCCACCGUCUCCUCAUCUCGCCCUCCUCCUGUCUCCAUCUCCCCCUUAACGGCCACCCUACAGGAGGAGCAGCCCCCGACUUGGGGAGAUGAAGCAGACCAGCCAAUCAGCGUGGAGAUGUGCAGAGCUCUGACCAAUGAGUUGCAGGCUUGCUUCAGGAGAGCAACACACUUGUACAGGCAGGUGAGUGCAGUGAGUGUUAGCGCGCACACAUGGCCUGCUGUCCUAUCGGAGGCCUUCUGUUCCAUGAGGGAGGAGCUCGACUCCCUGCCGCUGAGCGUCCGGGGCAUUGCUGGGAGCAGUGGGGGAGGUGUGAAGGCGGCGGCGCUGCUGGAGGAGUACUCCCUGCUGCUGCUGCAGGCUGUUCACAGAGAGGGUUCAACGCCUCCCCACACUGACCCCUCACUUCUUCCUCGUCUUUACAGAUGAAACACACGAAGCCCAUUUUGACUUUUACUACUUUUUUUUACUUUCUCGUCUUAAAUUGUGUGACUAUUACAGUUGUUCAGAUUUAUGGGAAUCAGUCGAGAUUCUGAAGGCUCGACUGGAUGAUUUAUGACUGACUGUAGAGCGGCUAAAGAGCAAUACGACACUUCUGAAUACGGAGCCGUGGUGGUAACACUACUGAAAAAAUGACUGACCAUGGAUUUGUAGUCAUGGUUGCUAGUUUCUAAUUUUAUUCAAGUUGUACAUUUUUAUAAUUGUUACUGCAAGAAACUCUACUCCUUCAAAAAAGCUUUGACUU